AUGUUCGAGAAAAAGUUUAACAUUGAAGUACAAACUUUACAGCCUUUACGUGAGUUUCUUGCACAACUGAAAGAAGAAGGUAGUCAGCCACAACUUAUAGACUUUCAUUAUGAAUUUAAUGAAAAUGAAGAUGGAACACAUGACUGUCAGUUUGUUAUAUAUUCACCAUUCAAUGAAGUCGCUAAAGAGAAAGAAAAUCCAUUACGUAUAAGAUUUCAAAUCUCUGAACCAAGUGAUGAUUUCAAGAAUGUUUUCAAUUAUGAUGCAAUGCUUCCGAGGAAAAAUGAAUUUUCAAAGAUUGUAACACCUGGCAUUUGGGAUAGAAAGCAAGCUAUUCUUUUCUCUAAUAUAGCCAAAGGCGUUGAAAAUGAGUUCAUUGGUCAUACAAGAACUACACCACUUCCUAACCCUAAAUACUAUAAAUUAACUGGCUUCAAUCGUGAGUUUUGGAUAGACAUGUUCUCCACUCAUGACCAUAACUGCCCAGUGUUCUUACCUCCAGACCAUAAGGACUGUCUCUACAUUGAAGCACAACUCUUAAACUCUACCAUCGCAGUAUUGUAA